UAUUUUAAUAAUAAUAUUCUUUUUCUUAUGAUAGAAUCGUAUAUUUUAUUACUCUGAAAAUGUUUUACUAAUAUAUUUCGUUGGCUUAAUAUCAAUUUGUUUGUAAUUUCUGGCAUAUAUAUUCACGACAACUGAGUUUUCAAAUGCAGCUUAGUCUGGCCGUGGCACCGACGCGCCGCCCCCACAACCACGCUUUUGACGGGUCAAAUUUGAUUUAUCAUCAUUAUUCAUUCAUACAAAUACGUUAUCAUCAACCACCAUUAUUAAUUCAUCGCAACAAUUUAAAUCCUCCCCAAAAACAAUCUGAUAAUUUUAUCCCCGAAACCACCUCUCCACCUCCAAAUUCGCUUCUCACCAUCCGGCGGCGCGUGUCAUUGACGAGCCAUCGUGGAAAUGGGCCAGAACACCUCUGCCCAUGGCUAUUCCUCCGGUGGCUCGGCCUGUAUCGCCGAUCUCAGCCUCUCUCCUCACCACGACAACAUCUCCUCCUCCGAUUCCACUCCGCCGCCUCCCGACAGCGGUUCCUCGAAUCAGGAACAAGACUAUACGUCGGAGAUCCCCGAUGAAUGCCUAGCCCUAAUCUUCCAAUGCCUGAGCUCCGGCGACCGGAAGAGGAUCUCCCUGGUUUGUCGCCGAUGGCUCGCCGUGGACGGCCAGAGCCGCCACCGCCUCUCCCUGAGCGCCUCCAGCGAGGCCACCCCCUACCUUCCCGCGAUUUUCACCCGCUUCGAUUCAGUCACCAAACUCGCCCUCCGUUGCGACCGUAAAUCCGCGAGCAUAAACGACGCCGCGUUGGCGUUGAUCUCCCAACGCUGCGGUAACCUCACUCGCCUCAAACUCCGCGGCUGCCGCGAGAUCUCCGAUCUAGGUAUGUUGGCUUUGGCUCAAAAUUGCAAAAAACUGCGUAAAUUCUCCUGUACCUCGUGUAUGUUUGGCGCUAAAGGUAUGAAUGCGCUAUUGAGCAAUUGCUCCUCGCUAGAAGAGCUCUCUAUUAAGCGUUUACGUGGAAUCGAGAACGGGUUCGCCGCCGAGCCGAUUGGCCCCGGCAUUGCCAGUUCCAGUCUUAGGUCAAUUACGCUUAAGGAGCUCUAUAACGGUCAAUGUUUCUCGCCUCUAGUUAUUGAAUCGAAGAAUUUGAAAACGUUGAAAAUAAUUAGGUGUUUGGGGGAUUGGGAUAGAUUACUCGAGUCGGUGGCGGGGCGGAAGAAUUGUUUAAUGGAGGUUCAUUUGGAGAGGCUGCAGGUGAGCGACGCCGGAUUGAUGGCCAUUUCCAAGUGCCCUGAUUUGGAGAUUUUUCAUUUGGUUAAGACUCCCGAUUGCUCCAAUGAUGGGAUUUCCGCCAUUGCUGAGAACUGUAGGCUUUUGAGGAAGCUUCAUAUUGACGGGUGGAGAACUAAUAGGAUAGGUGAUGAGGGAUUGAUUGCUAUUGCCAAGAAUAGUAUGAACCUCGUGGAGUUGGUGCUUACCGGGGUGAACCCAACGUUGGCGAGUUUGAUGGCAAUGGCCUCAAAUUGCCUCAAGUUGGAAAGAUUAGCACUUUGCGGGAGUGAAACCAUUGGAGAUGCUGAGAUUUCGUGUGUUGCUGCAAAGUGCAAGGCGUUGAAGAAGCUCUGUAUAAAGGGUUGUCAUAUUACAGAUUCUGGGAUUGAGGCAUUUGCCACUGGCUGCCCAAAUCUGGUGAAGAUCAAGGUUAAGAAGUGUAGAGGAGUGUCAAGUGGGGUCGUGGGUCAGCUCAGGGCAAGGAGGGAGUCGUUGGCCGUGAAUUUGGAUGUGGACGAGGUUGAGCUUCAGACCAUGGAUUGGAACACGAGCAAUGCAAGCGUACCAGAGUAUAGAGGGGAGUCCGUACAAAUAACUACUCGUGAAGGUGGCAACCGUGCUUCAUCAACAAGUAAUGUAGCUCGAUCGUCCAAUAAGUCGAGGUUUAGCCUAUUGGCUGGAAGGACUCUUGCUGCCUGUGCGUUUCAGAGGUUGAUAAACGGUAAUGGUAGUUCAAAUGAUAGCAUAUGAAUGAAUUGGGUUGGUUGUGAAGAGUGUAUGUAGCUUAUAUUGAUAUGUGGUGGUGGCAUUGCAGUGUUUUGUAUCUAUGUAAACCUGCUGCUCAAAUAUUAUGGUGAGUGAGAUCCAUCUCCUCUAGCACUUUCCAAAGAAUACAGUGUCUUCUGCCUUGCUUUUAAACAUACCAUGUAUUAUUUUGGUUGAUGGUAGUGAUUGAUUUUCCUUGUACAAGCAUGAUAAAUGCAUUUGUCAUAUUGGUUCUGCUA